CUUGCACCGCUGAUUACCGACACUGUAUUCUGUGAGAAAACCACACAGGAAACAACCGGUAUGAUACACAUUUAAGCGUCAAUUUUGGCAGACGAAACCGCGAUUAUUGUUUCACAUCGAUAACGGAUAACCGCUGUAAUUCGACCGGAGCAUGGCAGUGAAGUCGCAGUUCCCACAGUGAAGUUAGAGGAUAUUUUCCUAGUGGAAGUGAAAGAGAGGAAGCAACUUGAGUUGUGAAGGGAUACAUGUGAUGCUACAGUAGCACAUGUCUCCAGGAUGUAUGGAGGAGGGGAGAGAUCAUCAGCACUUCACUAAUUGGAGCCGUUCUUCAGCUCCAGUGUUUCUCAUCCACUGAGGUGUGAGCGAAGAUGAGCAUAACCAGUGAUGAGGUCAACUUCUUGGUGUACAGAUAUCUACAAGAGUCAGGUUUCUCUCACUCUGCUUUCACGUUUGGCAUUGAGAGUCACAUCAGUCAGUCAAACAUCAACGGCACUCUGGUGCCUCCUGCUGCUCUCAUCUCGAUACUACAGAAAGGACUGCAGUAUGUGGAAGCAGAGAUCAGCAUUAAUGAGGAUGGCACAUUAUUUGACUGUCGUCCGAUAGAGUCUCUGUCACUCAUCGACGCUGUGAUGCCAGACACGGUUCAAACACGACAGCGGGCAUUCAAAGACAAACUCCCACAGAAGCAGCAAAACAACAGCACUAACUCAACCAUUCAGUCCCACACUACAAAGAACGGUGAAGCGACGCUCAAUGGAGAUGAGAACGGCACUCAUGCUCUUUAUCAUCACGAGGAGUUGAUGGAGGAGGACGGAGAGAUCCAGAUUCCUGCCAGCAAAGCCACAGUGUUGAGAGGUCAUGAGUCAGAGGUCUUCAUCUGUGCCUGGAACCCUGUCUGUGACCUCUUGGCCUCAGGUUCUGGUGACUCAACAGCUCGUAUAUGGAACCUGAAUGAGAACAGUAACAGCGGCUCGACUCAGCUGGUGCUGCGCCACUGUAUUAGAGAGGGGGGGCAGGACGUGCCCAGUAACAAAGACGUCACCUCAUUAGACUGGAACAGUGACGGUACUCUCCUAGCAACCGGAUCUUAUGAUGGAUUUGCAAGAAUAUGGACUAAAGAUGGUAAUCUGAGUAGUAAACUGGGACAGCACAAAGGGCCCAUAUUUGCACUCAAGUGGAAUAAGAAAGGAAACAGUAUUCUCAGCGCUGGAGUUGAUAAGACGACAAUAAUUUGGGAUGCACACACAGGCGAAGCUAAGCAGCAGUUCUCUUUUCAUUCUGCUCCGGCUCUGGACGUCGACUGGCAGAAUAACACCACGUUUGCAUCCUGCAGUACGGACAUGUGCAUCCACGUGUGUCGCCUAGGAAGUGAGCGACCGCUCAAGACCUUCCAAGGGCACACGAAUGAAGUGAACGCCAUUAAAUGGGACCCAUCGGGAAUGCUGCUAGCAUCCUGUUCCGAUGACAUGACGUUGAAGAUCUGGAGUAUGAAGCAGGAUUCAUGUGUUCACAAUCUUCAAGCUCACAACAGAGAGAUCUACACUAUCAAAUGGAGCCCGACGGGUGUUGGCAGCAACAACCCCAAUGCCAACACUUUACUGGCCAGUGCCUCUUUUGACUCGACGGUGCGAUUAUGGGAUGUUGAGAGGGGCGUUUGCGUCCACAGGCUUACCAAACACCAGGAGCCGGUCUACAGCGUCGCCUUCAGUCCUGAUGGGAAGUUCUUGGCCAGCGGAUCCUUUGAUAAAUGUGUGCACAUCUGGGACACUGUGAGCGGAGCUUUAGUGAACAGCUACAAGGGAACUGGAGGAAUAUUUGAAGUGUGCUGGAACGGUUUGGGAGAUAAAGUUGGUGCGAGUGCGUCAGAUGGAUUGGUCUGUGUUGUUGAUCUACGGAAAUAACUCCUGAUGAAUCUGAAGGUGGAUACAGGAUUGUGCAGCUAAAUGUCUUCACUACAUCUCUGCAGCUGUUGAUGGCCAUCCGAACUCACAUUACCAAGAAAUAAAAUCCAAAUGUUGAAAAUAAAAUUUCAGGAAAGCAGCUACUCGAGAUGGCCAGAACAAGACGGCUUGUGCUGUUGGCCAGCGCUAUAACGCAGUAAAUGUGAGAGUUAGCAGAUGUCUGGUCAGUGCACUAGAUGGUCAGUGAGCUGAAAGCUGGAGAUGUUUAAGUUCAAGAGUUUUGUUUUAUUUUUUUGUCACGUGUUUGUAGUCCAACGGUGUUCGACGCCAACAUUGUUGGGCAGCCCUGGUCGGGUUGUUUUGGGCCAGUUUUCCAGUCACGGGCAUGAAGCCUCAUUGUAGAAAAAUGGAUUUGAAAUGGAGAACAACCUUUGGAAGUCACUCUCAGUCCAAAGCUAUGCUUAAUAUGUGCCCUGUUAAACAGCCCAUUAUUUGAAUCUCUCCUCGAUGGAGAAUAGUAAAUAUUUCAUGAGCUUAUUGUCGAUUUUUUUGACUUGAACGACAGACUUUUGAGUGUUUUCCAUCUUAACUGUGAAUGAAGAAGUCGACUGCAGAAUACUUGGGAAAUUAUUUUAUUAAAAUGUUAGAAUUUAUUAACUGUGUUCAUGUUUCUUUACAUAAAAUCAGUUUUCUUCAGAA